AUGUCUUCCCCUCAUCCCGAGAAAAUCUCCCUCGCAGCUUCCUCCACCGUCUACACCUACCACUGCCUAUGCUCGCACCUUCUCCUUGCCACGACAACCCCGCUUCCCGCCCUCCCCACCCGCCAGAAUUCCCUUGACAAAGCACAUAUAAUGCCGCUCCCCCCGCCACCAACCGCACACUCACAAUCCCCGCGACACCGACACGCGCACUCAGAGCCUGCCGCUAGCCUUGACCACUACGGCCUCCUACUUUCCGCCACUCUUGACCGAAAGCCCGAGAUCGUGCGCAGCGACGAUGGGUUUGAGAAGCGGUAUAUGCAGCGGUGUGGACGGUGUGCUUUGGUGGUCGGCUAUCAGUUGGAUUGGCAGCAGUUUGCGGGCGAGAGGGUGGGACGGAGGGAGGAUGUUGUGUUCUUGCUGCCCGGGGGAUUGAUGACCACCAGAGAGAUGGUUAUGGGGAAGAAAGUUGACGUUGAGAUUGGGGUUGGGACGGUUGAAGUGGUUCAGGGUUAG